GCAGUGUUUUAGUGGAGGCAGCUGGAUGAACGUCCUCCUGACUGCUGGGAGACUCCCCACAACAUGAGCAGCUCCAUCCUGGACCUUCUGACGGAGCAUCUGUGUCCAGCUCCACUGAAGAGCAUCAGGAGGAGCAGAGGAACAACGUUCUUCAUCUAUAGAUGUUCUGUACGAGACUUUUGUCCUGUUAUAAAAUAAAAUCUAUAAAAAUUACCCUGUUUACUAACUGUUAUAUUUAUUAUAUAUAGUUCUUGUCUAUUUAAGUAUUUUUGUAAUCAAACAUUUUCAGCUGUAUUCCAGAGAUGGAUGGUCUGAUAUCUGACCUGUUGAUCAGACACUGCUGUCAGCUAAUUAACGGCUUCAAUAAAGAUCGUAUAACGACCUGAGAAACCUCAACAUGUAUUCAUAUUAAAACGUAAUCCAGCAGAGCUGUGUUCUAGUAUUUCAUUUCAUUUCCUUGUUUUUCACGGUAAAGAUAACAGAUGAGCCGAGGUGGUGACGUCAUCGAGUACGCUGCCGUCCCAGUGACGGGUUCUCGCGGACUCGCUGGACCGUUCUCGCGAGUACGCAAGUACGGACUUACAUACUUGAGUAUUGAGAUAAGGCUACUGUGUACUGACACCGUGUCCUGGUACCAGGGACCACCAUACCUGGCGGACACCGGGUCCACGGUGAGCAUCCAGCCGCGGUGCUCCUCUUCUUUUGCCGCCUUCACCUUCACCUGCUUGUCGGUGUAGCGGAUCCACUGCAGCGGACCUAACAGAGGCCAGCCGCGCUGCAUCCUGGUCCUCCCAGACUGACAGAAAAGCAAUAGUCAGUCAGUAAUAGUCAAAGCUGACACUUCAGGCUUCUCUGUGGCGCCACCUUUAAAUGACCCCGAAGGAAACACGGCACACAAACAAAGGUUCCGCCGCUGCUGCCCCGGACGUUAUUCUGUGACCGGAAGCGGUGUUGCUGCCGCAGAUCCAGUUAGCAGCUAAGCUAACUCCCCGCACAGUGAGCGCACCCUGUGCAGCUGCGGCCCGCCGUGAGGAUGUCCAGAUCCGGUCGGUACGGAGGAGAGGCGAAGGUGUACGUGGGAAACCUGGGAACUGGGGCAGGAAAAGGUGAGCUGGAGCGGGCCUUCGGGUACUACGGGCCACUCAGAACCGUCUGGGUCGCCAGAAACCCUCCAGGGUUCGCCUUCGUGGAGUUCGAGGACUCUCGAGACGCCGAAGACGCCGUCCGAGGGUUGGAUGGAAAGGUGAUCUGCGGCAGCCGGGUUCGGGUCGAGCUGUCCACUGGGAUGCCUCGUCGUUCUCGGUACGAUCGGCCGCCGACGCGCCGACCGUUCGACCCGAACGAUAAAUGCUACGAGUGCGGAGAAAAAGGUCACUACGCCUACGACUGUCACCGCUACAGUCGGAGGAGCCGGAGGAGCAGGUCCAGGUCCAGGUCCAGGUCCAGAGGGAGACGAUCCUCCCGCAGCCGGAGCCGAGGGAGGAGGUCCAGGUCUUCCUCUCCUCGUCGCUCCCGCUCAGGUUCUCCCAGAAGGUCCAGUACCAGGUCCACGUCCAGGUCCUGGUCCAGGUCCAGGUCUCGAGGCCGCAGCAGGUCCGGGUCGAUGGGUCGCUCUCGCUCUGGAACUCCGGCUCGAAGUCGCUCGACCUCGGGGAGUUCUGCCGCCGGCGCCGACUGAACUGAAUCUUUGUGAGUUUGUGUACUUGGAGCGGAUGUCGUUGUUUUGAGUUUUUGUACGAACACACUGUUCUGUGGCGUCAUGAUUAUUGAUUGCUGAUUGAUUGUCGGUCUUUUGGGUCGUGUUUUGUGAGGACUCUGUAGACCAAUCAGAGUGUCUCUCUGCAGCUGAUCACCUGAACACUCAAUAAAGAUUUAUAGAAGAAGA